AUGGCGGACGAGGCGAAACGUCAGGCGCAGUUGGAAGCCGGGAGAAAGAAAUUAGAGACGUUCAAAGCGAGAAAGUCAUUGUUAAAACAACAACAACAACAACAACAACAACAACAGAAAGAGAAAGAGAAAGAGAAGAAGGAAGAGGGAGAAACGACGAUUCAGACGACGACGACGACGACACCUAAACGAGAUGAAAUUUUCGAACAACAACAACAACACGAAGAGUUUCACACGCCAAACGCGUUGGUCUCGUCGUCGUCGUCGACGAUUUACGAUGAUUCAAAAACAAAAACAAAAGCAACGACGACGAUGGUGAUGCAAGACGAGAUUGAGAAAAUCGUCCGCGAAGCCGUGGAGAAAGAAUCCGCAAAGUUGAAGAGGAAAUUCGAGGAAGAUGUCGACGAGUUGAAACAGAAACACGAAGAGGCGAGAGAGGAAACGGAGAAGGAGAAGAAAGAGUUUGAAGAUUUGAAAAUGGAAGAGAUGAGAAAACGAAUGGAAGAGGAAAAGGAAAAUUUUCAGACGCAGUCCACGGAGAGGAUCAACGAGCUGCAAGAGAAGGUGCAAAAAGCGGUGAAGAAAGGCAAGUCGAUGCAAGCGGAGAGGGACGAAAUCAAAUCGGCGUUUGACGCGUUGACGACGCAAAGCGAAGAAUUGGUGAAGACGAUUGAAAUCGCAAACGAGAGAAGCGGCAACGCGGAAAAAGAAUUAGGAGAAACUAAGAUACAGUUGCAAGCGAAAGAAAAGGAGUUUGCGGAUUUGAAGUCGUUCUACGAGGAGAACAACGCGAGUAACUUGAACGAAGAGGAACGAUUGAAAAUGGAGUUGACGGAAACAAACGCAAAGAUGGAGGAAAUGACGCGAAAAGUCGACGACGCGGAAAACGAAACGGAAACGGUCAAAUCAGAGUUACGCGCGAAACGAGAAGAGUUUGACGAUUUAAAGCAACUGUUCGACGACACGGCGGCGAACGCGACGCGAGGCGAGGAAGGUUUGAAGGAGGAAAUUGUCGCGUUGCGAGAGCAAACGAACGCGUUGAAGGAGGAAUUGACGACGGCGGCGCAAACGAGCGAGGAAAAAGCGAAGAUGUUGGAACGCGAGUUGGAAAACGAAGUGAGCACGCGCAUGAGUUUAGAAACAGAGGUCGAGGAGUUACGACACGCGAACGCGCAGUCGACUGACUCCUUGCGCGCAGAGUUUGAACGCGCGAAGGAGGAAAACGAGGCAAUCAAACUGAAAUGCGAAGCGUUUGAACGCGAAAUCAACGAGGAGUUGAAACCAAAGUGCGAAGAGUUGGAGCGAGAAAUCAACCAAGAAUUGAAACCGAAGUGCGACCACUUCGAGCAAGAGUUAUCGGUCGCGCAGGAGGAGAUUUCCGGACAGUUCCAACUCGGCGUCGAACGCGAUGAAGCGCAGAGAAAGCUCGCGGAAGCGGAGCAAGCGCUGGAAGUUAUGCGAAAGGAGAGAGAUGAUUUAGAGAACAGCUCGUCCGCGGCGCACGAAGAAGCCUUAGGAAAGCUUCAAAAAGAGCUCGGAGAAGCGACCAUUGCCUUGCGAGCGAAAGAAAAGGAGUUUGCGGAUUUGAAGUCGUUUUACGAGGAGAACAACGCGAGUAACUUGAACGAAGAGGAAAGAUUGAAACUCGAAUUGAUAGAAACGAAAACGACGCUGGGAGAGGCGAACGAGAAAAUCGCGCAGUUAGAACUCGACGCGAGAACGGUAUCGAACGAACGUUACGAUUUGAUCGCGCAGAUUGACCAGUAUAAGAAGCAAAUGGGCGAUCUGGAGAAAUCUUUCGACGCGCACAAAUCUGACGAAGACUCACUCCGGGAAGAAAAGGCUACAUUUUUAGGCAAAAUCAAUGCUUUGGAGAGCGAGCGAGGGGAAUUAUUCGCGCGAAAUGAAAAGAUUCUGAACGAUUUAGAAGAGAUGACCAAAUUGAAAAACGCGCAAUCGGAGAAAGUCCAAAAAGCCGUCAAAAAGGGCAAGUCUAUUCAAGCCGAUCUCGUAGAGACGAAGAAAACGCUCGGCGCGAAGGAGCAAGAAGUGAUCGAUUUGCAACAACGCGUAGACGCGUUGGUGAAUGCCGAGCCAACAACACCUCAACAACAACAAGAAGAAGAGGGGAAGUACGUCGCGCUCCUCGCGGAAAAAGACGCGACGAUUGCGUCUGUGCUCGAGCGAGAAGCGAAGGCGCCGGCGCACGUAGAAACCAUUCAAAAGCAAGUGGACGAUCUGAUCGUCGAAAGCAACGCCUCCGCGGAUAAAGUUGCUUCAAUAGAGAAUGAAUUAGCACACUCGCGCGAAGCCGUGGCGAACGCGGAGAGAGAAAUAGGAGAGACUAAGAUACAGCUGCAAGCGAAAGAAAAGGAGUUUGCGGAUUUGAAGUCGUUUUACGAGGAGAACAACGCGAGUAACUUGAACGAAGAGGAACGAUUGAAAAUGGAGCUAAACGAAGCGAACGCGAACAUGCAACUUGUGCGCGAGGAAGUUGAAACGCUGAAAAAGAAACUCACGGAACAGGAUGAACGCUCUUUAGCUGCGGCGAACGAACAACACUCGGAGCAAAUUCAACUGUUACAAGCGACGAUUGCGGAAGCGAGAGACGAAGGCAAUCGAGAGCGCGUGGUUGCGGAGAGUUUGAAGCAAGAGUUGGACGCGAAAGUUUCUGAAGUGCAAAAGAUGAAGAUAGAAAUCGAGCACAGCGCGGAAAAGCUGGAGGAAAUCAACGCGGAGAAGGAAAUGUUCAUGUCCGAAUGUGAAAAAGCUUUGGAAAGUUUCGACCGCGAAAAGGCGAAAGCGAAGGAGCUGAAACAAAAGUUGAAAGAUUUCGAUCAUGAAUCUAAAACGAGCGCGCAGAUGAAAAUGGAAGAACACGAAAACGCUUUACGCGCGGCGAGCGAAAGAGCGACGUUUUUGGAAGAAGAGCUGUCGAAAGCGAACGCGGCUUUGACGCAAGCGUCUGAAAACGUCCAACGAGGCCCGUCGGCGGAAGAACUCGAACGCGAAAAACAGGAACAACAGAGAGAAUUACACGAGUUGAAGUCUCGAUUAGAUCAAGAGUUGCAAGGUAUGAACGUUUUGCGGGAGCAGUUGCAAGAAGAGCGCGGAAAAAGAGCGCAGCUCGACGCGCGUUUAGCCGCCUCUUUGGCCGCGCAACAACAACAACAAGCGACGACGACGCAGCACACCGGGGCCUCUGAACAAAAGCAACCGUCGCCGCAUCACAGGUUUACCAAUAAAAAGAACGAAGAUUACGGCGGCGACGACGACGAGACGAUGUUGAACGAUAUCGAAGGCGCGAUCAUUUCCGGUGGAAGCUACUCGUUCGUUCCGUUGCAAGGAAAGUUCAAGUCGUUGACGUUUUGCCCGCCGUUGCAAUCGAGCGGUUGCUUGCAAGCGGCGAACAUGUUCGAUCGGUUUUCUGUGUUUUUACAGCGAAGACCGACUUUAAGAGUCUUACUGAUUGGCUAUUUCGCGCUGUUGCACGUGCUCUUGUUUCUGUUUUGA